CCAACAGUCGUUGUUGAGUUGUUAAAUUUCAUGGCGUCGCUCAUCGUGCAUCGGCCGUUGAGUUUCUAAAGUGUCUGGUCGCCCGCACGUAAUUUGAUUUUGACGAAACAAUGGUACCGACGAUGCCACCAGACGCUCACAAAAUAUCGCUAAAAAUCAUCGAAGCUAUUAAACAACAUCCAGUAUUGUACAUAUCAGAUGUGAAAGGCACAGCAAUCAAAUUACAGGAGUUCAGGCAAAAAGUUUGGAAGAGAAUUUCAGACGAGUUGGGAUUGGAUCCUGCAUGGGUCAGACUCAGAUGGAAGAACCUGAGAGAUACGUAUUGCCGAAUACUGAAGUACAAAAAUAGAACUGAUAAGGGAACGAGAAGAAAGAAAUGGGUAUUCGAGGAUCACCUGAGUUUUCUCAAAUUUCCAUAUGAACCUGAUUACCAGCCGCAGUGUGUAGAAUUAUCAGAUGAGUACAUAGAAGAGAUAAACGCCAGUGGAAUCAGCACCGAGAGUCUCCUGGAGCAGCUGGAGGAUCGCAACGACGAGGACUACAGUGAAUACCUCGAAGUCCUGGAAGAGACUUCAGCAGAUCCAAUCCUCCAGGACGACAACCAAGUGGUAGAAAUCCUCGACUGCGUGAACGAGGAAGACCUAAAUCCAGAAAUGCUUGAGAAAGACAGCGCAGCUCUGCAGGUAGAGACGUACGCUCGAGAGAUCGAGAACAAUUUCAUAAGAAUACGUCCCAAAAAAAUGAAAUUUGAUAAUAACAUACAGUCCACCUCCACCCACAUUUCGAGUGACGGAGCGAGACUGGAUUCAAAUGUCAAUACCAUUGUCAUAUCAACUGGCGAUUUGCCUGGGCAAGAUGACAUAGACACGACUGAAAACGAUCACAAUGAGCAAGGGGACCACGAGAUAAAUCUUAAUCAUUCAAAUCCCAAAGAUUGUUUCUUGGAGGAAGUGCCAAAGACCAGUAUUGAAUUAUUCUUUGACAGUAUGGCACAGACUGUCAGACUUCUACCACCGAAAGCUCAGGCAGAGGUGAAGAUGUCCGUUUGUAGAAUAGUUACAGACGCUGAGGUGAAAUAUUCGAGUAAAAAAAAUGCCCACAGCGUUCAAAAAUUCAUAGCUCCCCCUGGAAUGAUUCCCAAAUUGGUCUUAAUACCCUGCAGUAUGAUCGAUAAUCCCAAUAAUAACAGUAAUUGAAUGAUCUUAGAUA